AUGGACGCCCGCGACGCCGCGCGCGCCGGGCGCGGACGCGGACGCGGCCGAGGACGCCGCGCGCGGUCGGCGACCCCGCGCGCGUCCGCGCUCGACGACGCGAUCGCGGCGGGAUGGACGAAGAUCGUCAUCCGUCCACUCCCGAGCCGUCUCGCGCGCGAGGCGUUCGAACGCACGCUCGCGCGCGAUGGAUUCGACCCACCGAGCGCGUUCUUUGACUGGGUGGGGUAUCGCACGGUAGGGCGUGGGGGGGUGGAUGGGCGUGGGACGGCGCGAAGGAUGCGCGCGCGGUCGAUCGCGUACGUCGCGUGUAAGACGACGGAGAUCGCGAAGCGGGUGAGAGAUCGGUACCACGGGGCGACGUUUCGCGUGCGCGCGCGUGAUUCGGAGGGACGGGUGAUCGAGGGGGAGGAUGGCGUGGAGGAGACGCGGGCGACGGUGGAGCGGGCGCCGAGUCAGUGGACGCCGAGGACGUUCGGGGAACGGUACGCGUCGACGAGCGGCGAGACGAACGCGGUGAACGCGUUGGAGGGAACGAUCGAGAGCGAUGCGGAGUAUUUGAAGUUUGUGAGCGAGCUCGAGAGCGAGCGGACGCGGACGCGCACCACGGGGGCGGUGGCGCCCAAGCAAGAGUCUGCGCGACGGAAAUCCACCGCCCUCUUGGAGUACAUUUGGAAGAAGCGGGCGGCGGAGGAGCGCGCGAGUAAGCGAGCGGCGAACGGCGGGAAGGGCGCGUCGAAGACGAAGAAGACCAAGCAAAGGGGCGACGCGGACGCUGGGGAAAACAAGAGCGACAAGCAACUUCUGGACGCGGCGCCGAAACGGAGAAACAAACAGAAAUCAAAGAAAUCUUCACAGGCGAACGGCACCGCCGCCGCCCCCGUCGCACCCGGCGGGAAGAAGACCGCGCGGACCGACGACAAACGCAUACCCGUCCCGAAGGCGUCACUCGAGCGUUAG